UUAUUUUGGCAAGAGAAAAGCCAAACAACAAACAUUUAUUCUAACAAAGCCCUAUAAUUUAACGAUAUUGUAGUUUGAUCGUAGUUUUUGAAUAAAGCAUUUCUGCUGGACCGCAUUCUACUCGAAGUUCCAAUGUCUUUCCAGAUGUUAACCAAACUUCUCUCCAUAUCCUUGAAACUUCAAUUAUUUCUCUCCACCCAGACAGACCAAAUAAGAGCCACCCUGCAUUCAUGCAAAUGAUAUUUUUUCUAUUUGUUUUUUUCAUCGCAUCGACGGAUAAGUAGAGAGAAUUGGUAUUGCUAAGAUCAAAAAGCCUGUCGACCUGAUUGAAUAACCUUACCCAGAGGCUUUUUGUGAAAUUGCAAGAGAUAAAGAUAUUGUUCAUAUCUUCGGCAGUCGAUUUGCACAGGACACAUCUAUUAGGUUGAAGAAAUGAUCUUUGUCCGAAGAGAGUCCUUUUCUUUGUGGAAUCGCCAAAGCCACUUACAGAGGAGGGCGGCUUUUGUGGUUUUUACAUUAGUAAUACUGAAACCUCUUUUGCAUUUAGGAGAUGUAACAAUGGACCAACAAACCAGGUUUACCCUUGCCACUUUUGAAUAUCACAUGACUCCAAUUUCUUCCUUCUUCCUUUCCAUCUUCUUCACAGGAGCAGUCACCAGAUGUGUUCUCAUUCUCUUCUUCUUUUUCAAUUUUUCAUUUAUAUUUCUUUUAAAUUGUUGUUAUUGUUAUACAAUUAUUCUUAUUCAUUUUCAUUAUACUUAUGCUAUUAUUAUCUUUGUUUUCAAUCAAUCAUAAAUUUUGUAUUAUUUUUUUCAAUAUGUCGUGGACAGAGAUGAACUACAUGAUUGUUUACCAUAGCACUUUUCAAAACCAUCGUUUAUCAUGAACUAUCAUGAACUACACGGUCAUUUACUAGGACUUUUCAAAACUAUUGUUUAUCAUGAACUACUUGAUCAUGUAUCAUCAUCUACACGAUCGUUUGUUAUGGCUUUCUUAAAACCAUCAUUUAUCAUGCUACACGAUCGCGUAUUAUGAUCGUUUAGAAGAAUUACAUGCGCACAUGUGACCGGUGUUAAUACUACCUAUACGAUCGUAUAUUAUUUUCUACAUGAUCGUGUAUCAUGGUCAUUUAGAAGAAGAAUUACAUGCACACGUGUAGCCUAUUAAUCGCGUGUUGACUAUAGUAUUUUUGGUAUUUUCUGUUGUGGGUAUGUGAAUUUUUUUCGUUUUCAAAAUUGUUCUAUAGAGUAUAAAUGUUAUGUUGAUUUGUUAUAAUUUUUAAAAAAUCUCCUUAAUUAAAAAUGAAAAAGUAACUCCUUUGAGGAAAUUGAAAAAGGUUAUUUCAUUGGUUUAUAGAUACUGCGCAUGCCAAUGUACUUUUUCAUUAUUCAUCAAAAAGAGGUUUUUUCCUCACCUACAAAAUUAUGAAUAAAGGCCUCUAUAUAGCAAUAUUGAUCUACUUUCAUCUUUUAAUUUUUUUUCCCCAAAAAAUAGAAGAAAAGAGAAAAUAAGAAAAUAUUAAUUUUCAUUCCAAUUACGACAUGGUCUAAAUUGUCCUUAGUAUAUCCAGCUCCAAGCAAUAACCAAAAGGAGCAUAAAUAUGUAGCUUUCAAUAUUAUCUCAAUUAAGACAGAAAAUUUGUAGAUGUGCAAUAAAAUGUAAUGAUGGUUACAUCCAUUUUUAAAUAUCUACCAAAUUAUUCUUCAAUAAUCGUAAUUUGUCAUGUGACGUUUUCUUCUUUUCUGAUGAGAUGAGGAUGAGAUUGCACUUGAUCAUUGCUCACACUAAUUAACAUUGCAAAAAAAUAAUAAAAAAAAGACAGCCCUCUUUCUAAUUACAAUGAAACUACCUUCUAAAAUUUGUUCAUCAACUUAGUUUUUGCGAAUGUAGAGUGAAAUUUUGCACUUUAUUGUUUUCGUUACUCAUAUAAUCAGUGAAGUGUAAUACUUGAAUAUAUUUGAACAAUCCAUUUCAAUCACACACAAAUGAAAAAAAUAGAUAUUAAAAAAAAUAUAAAAGAAGAGUUUGUCAAGUGACCAAACUUAUAGGUUCUGACGAGUGGGUAUGCUGCAGAAAUAUAUAAAUAGUGAAGGAUUCAAGGCAUAUAGUUCACAUCUCCAUAUAACCCAAAAACCACAUGAAGCUCUCUUCUCCAUUAAUCCCUCUUACACUUUCCUUCAUUCUUCUAUCUCCAUAUCCAUUAUGGGUAGUUGCUUCAUCUAAUAACAAACCUCAAGCUUUCCUUCAAUGUCUCUCCUCAAUCUCCAAAGUCAUUUACUCUCCCAUCAACUCCUCCUAUUUUUCUGUUUUGGACUUCUCCAUUCAAAACCUUAGAUUCUCAAAACCUGAAACCCCAAAGCCAAUAGCCAUCAUCACACCAAUACAUGUGUCACAAAUUCAAGUAGCUAUCAUUUGCUCUAGAACUCAUGGGAGCCUUCAAAUCCGAACUCGAAGCGGUGGCCAUGAUUUCGAGGGUCUUUCGUACGUCGCCCACCAUCCAUUCAUCAUCCUUGACCUAAUCAAUCUUAGGUCUAUCUCCAUUGAUGUCAAAAACAACACUGCAUGGGUUCAAUCAGGUGCAACUGUUGGUGAACUUUACUACAAAAUUGCUGAGAAAAGUCGAAGUUUAGCUUUUCCGGCCGGGGUUUGUCCAUCGGUUGGCAUUGGUGGGUUCGUUAGUGGUGGUGGAUAUGGGUAUUUGCUGAGGAAAUAUGGCCUGGCUGUUGAUAAUGUGUUAGACGCUUACUUGGUUGACGCAAAUGGGGAGGUUCAUGACAGAGAGUCUAUGGGGGAGGAUUUGUUUUGGGCCAUUAGAGGCGGCGGAGGAGGGAGCUUCGGAAUUGUGGUGGCUUGGAAGUUGAGGCUGGUUUUGGUUCCGGAGACCGUGACGAUUUGCAUCUCUAAUAAAACUGUGAAGGAUGGUGCAAUCGACCUAAUCUAUGAAUGGCAAUAUGUGGCUGACAAAUUGGAUGAAAAUCUAUACCUUGGCAUACUCUUGAAUGGUGGAAAUAUUUCAAGUGAAGGAGGCAAACCAAAUCCAACAGCUUCAUUUAUCUCAUUGUUUCUCGGAAAGGCAAAUAAGCUUUUAUCAAUUCUUAACAAAACUUUUCCACAAUUGGGAGUAACAAAAAAAGAUUGCACACAAACAAGUUGGAUUGAAUCAGCCCUAAUUGUAAUCAAUGGCUCACCAACUAACAAUUCCUUACGAACUUUGCUUAAUAGAAAAUCUCAAAGCGUUGGAAGUUUCAAAAUAAAAUCAGACUAUGUCCAACAACCAAUGCCUCUGGAUGCAAUCAAAGGCAUAUGGGAAAGAUUAAAAUCUCAAGAUGUAAAAGCAACAACCCUUGAUAUUGUUCCUUAUGGAGGAAAAAUGUGCAAGAUUUUCGAUUUUGAAACUCCUUUCCCACAUAGAGCUGGAAAUCUCUACAUGAUCGGAUACUUAGUUGGAUGGGAAAACCAAAGUAAGGAAAUAGAAGAAAGACAUUUAAGUUGGAUACGAGAGAUUUAUAAUUACAUGACUCCUUUUGUUUCGAAAUUUCCUAGAGCUGCAUAUGUUAACUAUAGAGAUCUUGACAUUGGAACAAACACAGAAUAUGGAAAGACGAGCCACGACCAAGCUAGCAUUUGGGGGUUCAAGUACUUUGAUAAGAAUUUUAAUAGGUUGGUUCAUGUUAAGACUAAGGUGGAUCCUUAUGACUUCUUUAGACAUGAGCAAAGCAUCCCCAUUCUCUCACCACCAUAGAAUCUAAUUAAGCAAUUUGAUAGAUAUUAUUGCUUCUGUUUGUAUUAGUUAAACUAUAUAUGUCAUGAUGUCACACCCCUACCUAUUCUGUUUGUAUUAUUUAUCCAUUUGAAUUUUAUUAUUACAAAUACAACGAUC